AUGGAUGAAGCAGAACAAUUCAAUAAAAAAGCGCAAAAUGUAGCUGAUAGGCUGCAGGAAGAAAUGUUAAUUACUCAAUAUUUAGACAGAAAUGGCAAUAUGAAGCGAUCACUAGGAACUGUUUAUUGCGCUCAAGGUAGCUAUGAAGAAGCUUUUACCAAGUAUGAGAAAUUGCUCAAGAUUAAAUUAUUACUCCAUGCUCACAAUCUUCCUGAGGUUGCCAAAUCUCAUAACAAGAUUGGAAAGGUCAUGUGGGAAAAAUUCCUUGCAUUGUCUCCUGUUUGCAUGCACCGUCAGGCUCUACUGAUAUUUUAA